AAAAAGAUGCCACCAAAAUUGCGCAUUCACCCCCCUCUCCUCAACACCGCCUCCCCAUGGGCCACGUCCCGCACGCACCUCGCCGCCCUCCUCCGCUGCCCCUCCCUCGGCGCCGUGACCACCCGGACGAGUCUCCUCGCCGGCUUCCCGCAUGAUCCCCUGCGGCACCGGUACGCCUUUUUCGAUCCCGCUACCGGAGAAGCUGUGCACGGAAGCGUCAAUGACGGUGGUGGUACAAAGUCGGGUGCCAACACUUUCUCCGGGCCGCCUGAAGAUUCACUCGUCAACGACAUCUUCCUCAAGGACCUCGACAACGACAAAAUGCCCCUCGCAUCGCUCAACACGCUGGGCUACAGCCCCCUCCCCCUAUCAGAAUAUCUCUCCAUCAUAUCCUCUCUCACAUCCUCCUCACAGUCCCCACCAUCAACCCCCAAAACAAUAAUAAUCAGCAUCACCGGCUCCCCAGAGGAAAUUUCAUCCUCCAUCGCACUCAUCUCUUCAUUCUCUCGCUCAUCAUCCUCGUCAUCAUCGUCUUCCUUCCCCUUGGCCAUCGAAAUCAACCUCUCAUGCCCCAACAUCCCCCACCUGCCCCCUCCAGCAUACUCACCCGCCUCGCUAGCGACAUACCUCGCCGCUCUGCCCAGUCCCGACUCAGACAGUCAAAUCCCCAUUGGCAUCAAAAUCCCGCCUUAUACCCACGCAGGCCAAUUCGACGACUUUGUAUCUGCCCUCCUCGGCUCUCACUCCCCAUCAUCACCAGCAGCACCUUCACCUUCAGAUCCAGUCCCAGCAUCGAAAUUAAGCUUCAUAACGGCAACAAACACCCUCGGCUCAUCCCUCCUCCUCGACUUUUCCUUCUCUUCUCCCGAGCCGCCCCUCCCAGACUCAGGCAUAGGCGGCAUGGCCGGCCCGCCUCUCCACCCCCUCGCGCUAGGCAACGUCUCCAUCCUGCGCCGCAGGUUUGAUGCCGAUCCGCGACUGGCACAUCUCGACAUCAUUGGCGUUGGGGGCGUUUACGACAGUCAGGGAUAUCAGCGAAUGCGCAGUGUGGGAGCCAUGGCCGUGGGCAUCGCGACGGCGUUGGGGAGACAGGGCGUGGGCGUCUUUACAUCUAUCGAGAAGGACAUUCAAUCAGCUUGGUAG